AGAAGGAUGUCAAGAACAAAGAUUAUUUCUUUGGUUUUGUUUGCGAGUAUUGUGAUGUGCAUGGGUUCCAACAAAAUCGACGGACAAAAGAACAUCACGCCGUGGGUAAAUGAAAUCAACUCGAUAUGUUGUAGAGAACAUCCAAGUCUCGGAAGAUGUCUUCCAGGGAUAGAUGAUAAUGCUGAUAAAGAUGGAAAAUGCUGGAAAUUUUGUGUUGAAGGUUGUGAAAGAGGUGGCUUUUGCAAACUUUUUGAAAAAAAACAUAUAUGUCAUUGCUAUUGUUCGGGUUAA